AUGAUCGUCCCCAUCCGCUGCUUCUCCUGCGGCAAGGUCGUCGGCGACCUCUGGGAGCGCUACAUGGAGCAGAGCGCCGCCGGUAUCCCUGACGGAGACAACAUGGACCAGCUGGGCCUACAUCGGUACUGCUGCCGGCGCAUGAUCAUGACGCAUGUCGAUCUGAUCGAGAAGAUACUCAAGUAUAAUGCUGCCGAGAGGGAAAACUCGCGGCUUCGUGACACGCAGGAAUGA